AUGGACCUCCCGCCCCAGCUGCAGAACGACGUGUUUCCCCCAGAGCGACACCUCCAGCAGCAGUACCAGCAGCAGCAGCAGUACCAGUACCAGCACAACAGUAAGGACCAGCAGCAGCAGUACGGCACCCAGCAGUACCAGCAGCAGCAGUACCAGUACCCGCAGCAGUGUAGGGACCACUGCAGCAGGAGCCUGGUGUGCCGCGGGACAUCCCCCUCCGCUGCGGGACCUUUACUGCGGACUCCAUCAGAGACGUCCUCGAGACACGGCGGCCGGUACAGCGCGUGUGACUUCAGCCCCUCCAGUCAUGGUAGUUCUUUCAGACAGCAGCACCCGCAGCAUCUCCUCCUCCAGCAGCAGCAGCAGCAGCAGCGGUGGGGCAGCCGGGGCAGCAGCCACAAAGACACCAACUCUUACAAUGACAUCGCUAUGAGCAGCUGCAGAUUUAACGGCGGCGUGAUGAGGCCGCUGAGCUCGUCCCGCAGAAACAUCCACGAGUUUGAUUCGGAGUCUCAGCCGCUGCAGCCGCUCUCAGCCGCAGAUGCGUCGGAUACUCUGUGCUCCAAACCCGAGAACACUUCCAGCACCCUCAUGCCGUACGGAGCGGGGGACGGUGGGGGAGGCUGCGGACACAGCAGCGGCAAAUCGGGGAAGAAGAAGAACCAAAACAUUGGGGAGAAGCUCGGACACCGGAGGGCCCUGUUCGAGAAGAGAAAACGACUCAGCGAUUAUGCACUAAUCUUUGGGAUGUUUGGGAUCGUAGUUAUGGUGAUAGAGACGGAACUCUCGUGGGGAGCCUACGGAAAGGAGUCCCUGUAUUCUCUAGCUCUAAAAUGCCUGAUAAGCCUUUCUACCAUCAUCCUCCUGGGACUGGUCAUCAUAUACCACGCCAGGGAGAUCCAGUUGUUCAUGGUGGACAAUGCGGCGGACGACUGGCGGAUCGCCAUGACGUAUGAGCGGAUCUUCUUCAUCUGCCUUGAGAUCCUGGUGUGUGCCAUCCACCCCAUCCCCGGGAACUACACCUUCACCUGGACCGCACGCCUGGCCUACUCCUACGUCCCGUCCAAGACCGACGCUGACGUGGACAUCAUCCUGUCCAUCCCCAUGUUCCUGCGCCUGUACCUCAUCGCCCGCGUCAUGCUGCUGCACAGUAAGCUCUUCACCGACGCCUCGUCUCGCAGCAUCGGGGCCCUCAACAAGAUCAACUUCAACACACGCUUCGUCAUGAAGACCCUCAUGACCAUCUGCCCCGGCACCGUCCUGCUGGUCUUCACCAUCUCCCUCUGGAUCAUUGCAGCCUGGACCGUGAGGGCGUGUGAGAGGUACCAUGACAACCAAGACAUAACCAGCAACUUUCUGGGAGCCAUGUGGUUGAUCUCCAUCACGUUUCUUACUAUUGGAUAUGGAGACAUGGUCCCAAACACCUACUGUGGCAAAGGAGUCUGCCUCAUCACCGGCAUUAUGGGUGCCGGUUGCACUGCUCUGGUCGUUGCUGUCGUGGCCAAAAAACUGGAAUUAACCAAAGCUGAAAAACAUGUCCACAAUUUUAUGAUGGACACCCAGCUGACAAAGAGAGUGAAAAACACAGCUGCGAAUGUUCUCAGGGAGACGUGGCUCAUCUACAAAAACACCAAACUCGUGCGAAAGAUGGACCACGCCAAAGUCAGGAAGCAUCAAAGGAAGUUCCUCCAAGCCAUUCACCAGUAG